AUGAUAUCCAUGGCGAGGCUGAAGGAGUGAGAAAAUGACAGAGAUUUCUGGAAAAAGGGAUCUAGUCAUAGAGGAAUCGCAAAUCUUAUUUUAUUUCUCCCAAUACCCCAAGUUGUGACCUUGAAGCUGAUUGUAUGCCAUGGCAGAAGCUUUCGGAAUUGCGGCCGGUGCUUUUGGGGUCUUUUCCUUGACCCUCGAGCUACUUAAAAUCGUAAAAUCAGCACAUCGCUCCGUGAAACUGAUGAAGAGUGUCUUAGCGACCACAUCUGAAGUAGAGAUCGGGCUAUCGACUAUAGAAAAAUUGUUAACCGAGAUUGGAGCUUUAUCUACAGACGCAACAAGUGAUUGUGGCGUUUUCAUGUGUCUGGAACGAUGUCGCCCUCGCCUCCAGAUGUUAAAGGACAUUCUCCAGGAUAUCAGAGAGACAAAGUCAACCAAUCGAGAAAAGGUAAAGAAAGCUUUCAGGAUCAUAUCUUAUGAGCAGAGGCUGUCUGAGGCAUCUGGACUACUAAGAGAGACAAUUGAUUGCUUGUCUUUAGGGCUACUUGUACUCCAGCUUCACGAGACUCGUCAGCAGAGCAUUAACCUCUCAACUAUGAACCAAACAAUAGCCUGGAUUGCUGCGCAACAAACAAAGGAGGUCAGCUCUUUCGGUGUCUCAAAUGAUGUUCAAAGGUCGAUAAAAGAUUUGUCCCAACGUUUGGCAUCAUUAGAAGCUACCAUCAACCAUCCAUCCCUGAGUAACGAAAAAUUAUCUCGUGAGAGUUCGGUUGAAUCCUAUGGCCCAGUUACAAAAUUGCAUUUUGGAGACAGAACCAAAUCCACAAUAUCUGCCACUCUAAAGGACGACAAAAUUACUUCAAAUAGGUUCCAGACCUUCCUACAUGAAGCACAUAGUGGAAUGGAUGCAACCAAAAAUUUAUUGGUGUAUCAUAAUGGGUCGACGUUUUUUAAAGCUAGUGAGAUUUAUAGUAUUACGCACCGGCACUUGAAUUUGCUCCUCGGAACAUUGUCCAUGAUAUAUAUGCGGAAAAGAUAUAGAAGGAUGCGAAAGGAAGAUAAGGAUGACAUUAUUCAAUCGUGGGAGGUAAAAAUUAAAUUCAGCCCUUCUUGGUGUUUCGAUAAAGGCUUUUGGGCUAGGCUCUGGACGAAUGCAUCUGGCGGCUGUAACGUGCAGCAAAGCUUGACAAUGAUGCAUACUGUAUCAUCUAGGGAUGAGAUAUGGGCUUUUGUUAGUCAUAUGGAUAUUGUAAGUAUCAGAGAGGGAUUUAUGAAGAAAAAGUAUUCCGUGAAUACCGUGGAUGAGUACGGGCGGAGUCUUCUCGGACUGGCCUGUAGAGGCUCUCGAGGUGAAUUGGUUCGCUUCCUUCUCGAUGCUGGGGCAAUGAGUCAGGGUGUUGAUGAUAAUGGCAGGAACACUUUGGUCUAUUGUUUUGAUAUAAGAGGCCCCCACUUUCUUGGAUCGGGAUUUUGGGAGAUAUACAACCUUUUAGUUGAAAGGUGCCAAUUGGAUCCUUCAGAACCUGACUGGAACGGCCGAAACUUCUGGCAUCUCUUCUGCGAAAAUGCCCCUCUUGAAAAAGAAUUUCCAUGGCAAUCGAUAAGAAGUGACUUUAGUCACAUUCUAAACGAGCGAGAUAAUCGUGGUCGCACAUCGACCUUUAUUUUGAGCUCAAAUCCGAAAAGCAAUAUUGACUUAUUCCGUUGGCACUUGAAUAACAAAGCGAGCAUAUCAAUCCCACAGGUAGAUGGGCUAACCUGUCUUCAUGCGGCUAUAGCUUCCCUCGAACCACAACGUGAAAAAUCUCACAUAAAUCUAGAAGAUCUCACUGGGUAUCCAGAAUCGAAUUUCCUAUAUCGCUACGGUGAAGAAGACCGUGAAAAUCAGAGAAAACGAGUUGAAUUACUCAUAUGUCAAGGGGCGAAUGUUUUCGCAGUUUCCAAUUUAUAUGGAACUCCGACCGAUAUCGCAAGAUUGACUGGGAAUUUUCCCUUGUGGAUUGAGGCCCUUAGAAAUAGUGGUUUCGAUCCUAAGAAAGUCUUAGCGGCAGAUAAGGAGAUCUCAAGACAUCAGCAUUUCUUGUCAAGUCUGCGACUUGCACGUAACCUGCAGCGUGAGAGCAGAAUUCGCUGGCAAACUCUCCAAGAUAUUUUUGUGGUUUUCGAUAGCUUUGAAAAGGACAAGAAAUCAAUAACAGAGCCGAUAAUUCCGGAAUGGGAAUGCCUGCCCACUUCCCCUCUCAUCAUGUGUAUGGGAACAUACCAGGGGAACUUUUUAAUUUUAAAGGACGUGCUCAAAAAUGCGAUAUUGAAAGACGCUCAUGCCGAAGGACAGGGUCAAUCAUUCCUGGUGAAUGCUGACAUUGAUGGUGGAAAGUACCAGGCUGGCUUUCUCCAUGGACGUACCACAUUUUGCAUAGCUAGUCCUUCAUAUCAAGAAAAGUACAACAAAUUGGACAAAUAUCUGGAGAUUCUUGCUGAGAUUGCAUCCGGAGACCACACAUUUAAUGCUGAUACGAUUGACUGGGAAACUCAUCGAAGAUUUGUCGAUAUAACAAAAGCAGCUGCUACAUUGGAGAGGAACCGCAGAAGUCGACAUUUAUCUCUGAGGAUUGGGUUGAUGCAUGCACCUGAGAAUGCAGAAUCUACGGUAAAGAUGCCAGGAUCAUGGCCUGCAGAACAAUGAGAUCUUCCUUUUGGUUUAAUUAGAUUGAGGGACGGCAAUUUAAAUCGAGACUAGCAAA